AUGGGCUGCGACAAUCCCCGCGAGCGUGGAACACAAAGCUCGAUGCCUUACGCUUGGCUUCUCGCGCUGCGCGACAGAACACGCGCUCUACACGCGACGACGGGGAAGGAGGAACUCGUCAUCGGCGUGUAUGUGGAUGACUUGAUCAUCACCGGGGCAAGAGAAGAGGACAUCAACGGCUUCAAGCGCGAGAUGGCAGCUUGUUUCCGCAUGAGCGAUCUCGGGCAGCUCUCCUACUACCUCGGCAUCGAGCGGCUGAAGCUGACGAAAGCCAACACCGCGGGGAAGGUGGAUGCAACACUCUACCGGAGUAACGUCGGCGGGCUGCGCUACCUAGUUCACACGAGGCCAGAUAUCGCCUUCACUGUGGGCUAUGUCAACCGCUUCAUGGAGGACCCUCGAGAGGAUCACUGGGCUGCGGUAAAGCGGCUAUUGCGCUAUGUCAAGGGGACGGUGGACCAGGGUAUCUUUCCCAAGACCGGCGGCGGAAGUGGGCUGCGACUCACGGUUUUCAGCGAUGCAGACAUGGCAGGCGACAUUGAUGGGCGGAAGAGCACCUCCAGUGUGCUCGUCUUCCUUGGGUCGGCCUCAAUCGCAUGGCAGUCGCUGAAACAGAAGAUCGUGGCGUUGUCUACGUGCGAGGCGGAGUACGUGGCGGCAGCCACAACGGCGUGCCAGGCGGUCUGGCUGCGUCGGUUGCUGGGAGAGCUGACCGGCGAGAAAGCUCGUCCACCAGCUCUGAUGGUGGACAACCAGCCCGCCAUUGCCCUUGCAAAAAAUCCAGUCCUCCAUGACCGGAGCAAGCACAUCGAUACCCGUUUUCACUUCAUCCGUGAUUGUAUCGAUGAAGGACAUAUUGUUUUGGAGUUUGUCGAAUCCGGACGGCAACUCGCAGACAUCCUUACCAAACCACUCGGCCGUCUUCGGUUCAUGGAGCUAAGGACCAAGACUGGAAUGAAAGGGGAGAAAGUUGAAGGCCAAGUUGGAGUUGUGAGGACUAAUUGCAUCGAUUGCUUGGAUCGGACUAAUGUCACACAGAGCAUGAUUGCUCGUAAAAUGCUGGAAUUUCAACUCCGAAGGCUUGGUGUUUUUGAUGCUGAAGAAACCAUCAGUACACAUCCUAAUUUUGAUGAUUGCUUCAAAAUCCUAUGGGCUAACCAUGGGGAUGACAUAAGCAUCCAAUAUUCUGGAACUCCUGCAUUGAAAGGAGAUUUUGUCAGAUUUGGCCAGAGAACAAUCCAGGGGAUUUUGAAGGAUGGCUGGAAUGCUCUCAUGCGGUACUACUUAAACAAUUUCCGUGAUGGCACAAAGCAGGACGCAAUUGACCUACUACAAGGACACUAUAUUGUUUCUGUUUCUCGAGGCAUAACUCCUACGACACAGAAAGGUGGUGUCGAGGCUAUAGCUUCGUUCCCGCUGGCUUUCUCAUUGAUCAUGAUUGGAUUGUUCUUUGCAACAAUGUCUCUAAAACAAGUUCGACAUGACCUUUGGAAUUUACUAUUCUCAUUCAUGUGGGCGAGUAUGAGUUUGGCUAUAGCAGCAUUUGUGAGGGCCAACGGUCGCAUUUUUUGUAACCGCCCUCGUCUGCACCAACCUAGGCGUUGA